AUGACAGGCGAUCUUCAGCAUACCGGGGAACCGAUUGCCAUCGUGGGAAGUGCUUGUCGCUUUCCCGGUGAUGCAACAACACCCUCGAAGUUAUGGGACUUGCUCAAAGCACCUCGAGAUGUUCUCAGCGAGAUUCCAGAAAGCCGAUUCAGCACCAAAGCCUUCUACCACCCCGAUGGCCUUCACCACGGCACUACGAAUGUCCGACACUCCUAUUUGUUGUUCGACGAUCAUCGACUGUUUGACGCCCAAUUCUUUGGAACCAAGCCAGUGGAAGCAAAUUCGAUUGAUCCGCAACAAAGACUGUUGCUCGAGACUGUUUAUGAGGGACUUGAAACAUCUGGUAUUCCCAUGGAAAGGCUACAAGGGUCUAACACUGGUGUAUACGUUGGGUUGAUGACCAAUGACUACGCCGAUAUGCUAGGCCGUGAUGUGCAGAACUUUCCAACUUAUUUUGCAUCAGGAACUGCUCGAAGCAUUCUAUCCAAUCGAGUCUCCUACUUUUUUGACUGGCGUGGACCUUCCAUGACCAUCGACACGGCGUGUUCUUCCAGUCUGAUUGCCCUACACCAGGCUGUACAGAGCCUGCGAAGUGGCGAGACUGAUGUUGCAGUGGCGGCAGGAACCAACCUUCUGCUGGGACCGGAGCAAUACAUUGCAGAGAGCAAGCUAAAGAUGCUCUCCCCGACGGGCCGCUCACGCAUGUGGGAUAAAGGUGCAGAUGGAUACGCACGUGGUGACGGAGUUGCUGCUGUCAUACUCAAACCAUUGAGUGCAGCACUGGCGAACGGGGAUCACAUCGAGUGUAUCGUUCGGGAGACAGGUGCCAAUCAAGACGGUCGCACCAAAGGAAUUACGAUGCCAAACCCCAUGGCUCAAGCAGAGCUUAUUCGGACGACGUACGCUCGAGCUGGACUCGAUCUUUCCAAACCCACCGACCGACCACAAUAUUUCGAAGCUCAUGGUACCGGAACUCCAGCAGGUGACCCGGUUGAGGCGGAAGCCAUCAGCACUGCAUUCUUUGGACAAUCAGCCAAAUAUCAGCGUGAUGGUAACCAGGAGGACCCCUUGUAUGUUGGGUCCAUCAAAACAGUAAUCGGCCACACCGAGGGCACGGCUGGAUUAGCUGCCGUACUCAAAGCAUCGCUUGCUUUACAACAUGCCGUCAUUCCGCCAAAUCUACUGCUUAACGAGCUAAGUGCCGCGGUACUUCCCUUCUAUAACGACUUGGAAAUCCUUCAAGCUGCGAAAGAAUGGCCUCAACUCCCAGAGAACACCCCUCGCCGUGCUAGUGUCAACAGCUUUGGCUUCGGUGGUGCAAAUGCGCAUGCAAUUCUGGAAGGAUUCGAUGGGCGCCUGCUUGCUCAUGGUCGGAAUGCCACAGCUGGUAACUCGACAGCACUAUCACCAUUCAAUUUCUCUGCCUCCUCCGAAAAAUCGCUUCUCACCAACAUCGCAGCAUACUCAGCAUAUCUGCGAAAUCAUUCGGAUGUUAAUAUCCGUGACUUGUCAUGGACAUUGAACUCUCGGCGUUCCACCCUUCCAGUACGACUCUCAGUACCUGCAUCAAGCUCAGGAGAGCUUGCUGCAAGGCUAGAUGAAGCAUUACAGACAUCGGCAGUAACACCAAGCACACAGACGGGAAGCAUCCGCGAACCAAAACUUCUUGGGGUUUUCACAGGCCAAGGAGCACAGUGGGCAAGGAUGGGUGCUGAGUUGCUUGAAAGCUCACCAAUGGUCAGUGAUUGCAUCGCCCGUCUCGAUCGGUCUUUACAGGAACUACCCAUAGAACAUCGUCCUGUUUGGUCGUUGAGAGAUGAGCUUGUUAAAGAUAAGUCCUCAUCUCGGAUUGGUGAGGCGGCGUUUUCGCAACCUCUUUGUACUGCGAUUCAGAUUGCGUUGGUUCAGCUUCUUCGGGCAGCAAAUCUGAAACUCACUGCAGUCGUUGGCCAUUCGUCUGGAGAGAUUGCUGCAGCGUAUGCCGCAGGAUAUAUCAGCGAAGAGGAUGCUAUCCGUAUUGCCUAUUACCGCGGAUGGUCUCUUCAAUUCGCAAAUGACCAGGAAGGGCAGAAAGGGGCAAUGAUGGCUGCCGGAACAUCAUUUGAAGAUGCAAGGGAGCUUUGCGAGAUGCCGACACUUGAGAACAGAAUCUGCGUGGCGGCUAGCAACUCCUCCGCCAGUGUCACACUUUCAGGAGACGCCGAUGCGAUCGAAGAGGCCAGAGAAAUUCUUGAAGAUGAGAAGAAAUUUGCUCGCCUAUUGAAAGUGGACAAAGCUUAUCACUCACAUCACAUGCUUUCAUGCGCAGCUCCUUAUAUCGUAGCCAUCCGCAAGUGUGGUGUCACCAUUCAGCGUCCACCGAGUGGUAGUGCUACUUGGAUCUCUAGUGUGUAUGGCGACAAUAUUGAAAACGUGAAUGAUAAUCUUGUCGACACGUACUGGAGCAACAACAUGGUCAAGCCCGUACUAUUCUCCCAGGCUGUCACUUAUGCAGUUGCUGCCACUGGGCCAUUCGAUAUGGUUUUGGAGAUUGGCCCUCAUCCAGCGUUGAAAGGACCUGCAAUGCAAACAAUUCAAGAAGUGUCUGGCCAGACAUUGCCUUACACCGGGACGUUGAACCGCGGCAAAAAUGACAGCGAGGCUCUCUCAUCCGCACUCGGUGCCCUGUGGGUUGCCUUAGGUGAGAGCGUCGUGGACUUCGCAGGGUUUGAAAUGAAGGCAAUGCAAAAGCAAAACACCCGAACUCCGGAGCUUAUCAAGGGACUUCCAUCAUAUUCAUGGGAUCAUGACCGGGUUUAUUGGCACGAAUCUCGAUCAUCUACCGCAAUCCGCACGGAAAAGGAACCAUUUCAUUCCCUACUAGGUGUCAAAUGCCCCGACGGCACAGACAAUGAGCUGCGGUGGCGCAACUAUCUACACCCUAGGGAGGUCUCUUGGCUGGCACAUCACCAGGUUCAAGGCCAAAUGGUAUUCCCUGCAGCUGGGUAUAUAUCGGCGGCAGUUGAGGCUGUCAUUCAAAAGUAUGGCCUGAAUUCUGUGCAACUGAUCGACUUCCAUGAUGUGGCCAUCGGACAGGCGCUGGUGCUUGAAGAAAACGGGGGAGUGGAAACAAUUUUCAGGCUUUCUAUCGAUCAAGUCCAACCUGAUAUUGUAUUUGCGUCCUUUGCCUGUCAUUCCGACGCCAACAAGGGCUCAUCCAAUAUGUCUCUCCACGCAUCUGCCACCCUACAAAUUAUUUUGGGUGACCCCAAACACGAUAUCCUCCCGCCACACGCCCAGCCGCAAGGUACAUUCCUGGAACUGGAAUCCGACCGAUUCUACAACUCAGUUUCUGAACUUGGGUUUGGGUACACCGGCCCAUUCCAGGCCCUUUCCAACCUACGCAGGAAGAUGGACGAGGCAUCGGGUUUGAUCGCUAUCCCAGUGGAUCCCGAGACCGAAAGAUCAUUGAUUAUUCACCCGGGCUCUCUUGAUGGAGCUAUUCAGUCAAUAAUGCUUGCUUAUUCUUUCCCAGGAGAUGGACGUUUGCGCACCCUGUAUCUUCCCACCCGAAUUGAUAAGCUUCGCAUCAACCCGAGCGCCUGCGUCGCUCUUGGUGCCCCCGGCACAGACCUGUCAUUCUAUUCUGCCGUCACGGAUGCCCGCUUCGCCGAGCUAUCCGGUGACGUCGAUAUUUUUUCCGCAGAUGGGAGACAUACUCUGGUCCAACUUGAAGGACUUCAUACCACACCGCUGAGUCCAUUGACAUCCACCAAUGAUGUUCCCUUUUUCACCGAAGUCGUCUGGGAUAUUGAUAGACCCACCGUCCGGCAGCCACAGGGAGUUGAAUCUAUGCCUCCCCAGGACCGUUCCCUAGGGACGGAUCUCGAACGCGUCGCCCAUUUCUAUUUCAAAGAACUUGAAAAUUCGCUUCAGCGCUCCGAUCGUGAAAAUGCUACUUGGAACCAUACACAUCUUCUCUCAUAUGUGGAGCAUUGUACAACUUCCGUUGCUACUGGAAAUCAUAAAUUCGCAAAGCCAGAAUGGGCUAAUGACACUAUGGACAAUAUUACUCCAAUUCUGAAUCGCCAUUCCAACAGCAUCGACAUCAAAGCGCUAUGUGCAGUGGGGGAAAAUCUUUCUGCUAUCAUUCGCGGCGAUAUGAAUUUACUUGAAAUCCUGAUGCGUGACAAUAUGUUGGCGGAAUUUUAUGCCAAAACGCUUGGAAUAGACGCAUACUUGGAUGCUAUCGCUGAGACGGCUCGCCAGAUUAGCCAUAGAUACCCCCAUAUUAACGUUUUGGAGAUCGGAGCCGGCGCCGGCGGUACUUCAGAUCGAGUCAUUCGUGCGAUGGGAUCUUCGUUUGCGUCAUACACAUAUACGGAUAUUUUGGACUCGCAGUUUGAUGAUGCACGUGAAAGAUUUUCGGAUUAUCAAUCCAGAAUGGCAUUCAAGGUGUUGGACAUCGAGAAGGACAUCGGAGAACAAGACUACGAAAAGAACUGCUUUGAUCUUGUCAUUGCUCCUCUAGCCCUGUAUGCCACCAGAAAUCUCGAAGCAACCCUCACAAAUGUUCGUCGGCUACUCAAGCCCGGUGGGUAUCUGAUUAUGCUCGAACUGACGGACGCCGAUGUCAUGCGUUUUGGGCUCAUACUUGGUGGCCUACCAGGUUGGUGGUUAGGUUACGAGGAGGGAAGAACAUUAUCCCCCUGCGUGUCUGAGGACAAAUGGGAAGGAUUGAUGCAGAAGGCUGGAUUUUCUGGUUUCGAGGCCUUAGUGUCGUCUUCUGAAACCUCGCCUCUGCCAUUUUCCGUCAUGGUUACCCAAGCUGUUGACCACCGUGUUAAAUUCCUUCGUGAUCCCCUGGCAACUAAUCAUAUGCCGCUGGGUGUGGAAUCGUUGACAAUCAUCGGAGGAAAAACUUCCUUGACUGCUGAUAUGGUCGCUGAUAUUACCACUGCAGUCCGCCCCCACUACAGCAAUAUAUACACGGCCAGUUCUUUAGGCGACCUUGUGUCAACGAACUUGCCGGUUAUGGGAUCAGUCAUUAGUCUGAUUGAAUUGGAUGGACCAGUUCUGAAAAACAUGUCUCCUGAGAAUCUGAAGUCAUUCCAAGAGCUCUUCAAACAAAGCAAGAUUGUUCUAUGGCUGGGGCACGGUGCUCAAGGGGAGAACCCCUACGGAAACAUGUUUGCAGGAGUUCAGCGCACAUUGGCCAUGGAGAUGACUCACCUUCAUAUACAUUUUGUCAAUCUCCAUUCACUUCAUGAUGCUGAUGCCAAUAUUAUCGCAAAAAAACUCCUCCACUUGGAAGCUGCCGAAAUUUGGGACCAAAGUGGCCAGCUCGAUGGAAUGUUGUGGUCCAAUGAAAGGGAGCUGCUGCUGGAGAAUGGGCAGUACAAAGUUCCCCGGUUCCGCCUCAAUUCUGACCGAAACGAUCGAUACAAUUCCUCAAGGCGUCUCAUUAUUAAAGAGGUUGAGCGUUCCGGGUCUGUGGUCACAAUCCAACCAACAGAAAUUGGAUAUCAAAUUGAAGAAAAGGACCCCCGAGCCUCACCCGCUUUCGCAGAUGAUGUGAAGAUUGACGUGACUCAUUCUUUACUCCGUACCGUCCGUAUCACUCAAUCGGACAAUUACUUCUUGGUGGUCGGAAAGAAGGCCUCAAAUGGUGAACGUGUUGUCGCCCUCUCCCAUACUCUAGACUCUCGGGUCUGUGUGCUGCAUGGCCUCGCGGUGCGAUGUGGAGAUUCUGAAGAGCUAGGCAUUCGAUCGAUGCUCACCCUCUACUUCCAUUUCAUUGCCAUUUCUAUGCUGCAACAACUUCAGUCAGGAAAAACACUUGCUGUGUUAGACCCUGACUUCUCCCUGUCACCGGUCCUUACGAAAUACGCAAACGAAAAGGGCGUUCAACUUGUACUUUUAACAACACAGGAAGGGCAUUGCUCAUGGCCAUGGAUCCGAAUCCACCCAAAGUCGACCCGACGUGAAGUACUAAGCAAGUUACCUGGGAAUAUUUCAUGCCUUGUCGAUAUGGGCGACAGCUCUGAUGUGACUACCCUCCUAAAGACAUGCUUGCCGACAGACUGUCAUUUCGAGAACGAGACCACCUUGACUACAAACGGCUCCCAAUCUCAGCACAUCUCAGAUAGAGGACAGGUGGCUCUUCAGCUGCAGAACACCUGGUCAAGAGUACAAUACGACCUGAUGCCUGUCAAUAUGCACAAGUUUGUUCCGUUAGGACUCCAGGACCUGAUUCGUGCACAAUCGCCGCGUGCGAAGCAAUCUUUAAUUGUAUGGGGUCAAUCACAGCUUGCCGUCCAGGUUCGCCCUGCUACCAAACAGGUCAAAUUUUCAAAAGACAAAACCUACUGGCUAGUUGGACUGACAGGUGGGCUUGGCUUGUCCCUUUGUCAGUGGAUGGUUAGACAGGGGGCACGAUAUAUCGCGAUAUCAAGUCGAAACCCAAAGAUUGAUGAUCAAUGGCUGCAGAGAAUGUCUGUUCAAGGCUGCACUGUCCGAGUAUUUUCAAAUGACAUAACGAAUCGGGAAUCCGUCCAAGCAACCCAUCGCAACAUCAGCGCAACCAUGCCUCCCAUCGCCGGUGUUGCUCAGGGCGCUAUGGUGCUCCAGGACACAAUGUUCAUUGAUUUAGAUCUCCCUCGCCUUGAGAAAGUUCUCCGUCCUAAAGUUGAAGGUAGUAUUUUGCUUGAUGAAUUGUUCCCAGAGGACACCUUGGACUUUAUGGUUUUCUUCUCGUCAAUGGCUGCAAUGACAGGAAACCCUGGCCAGGUUGCCUAUAACGCUGCAAAUAUGUUCAUGGCAAGCCUAGCAGCCCAGCGCCGGAACCGUGGCUUGGCAGGACAUGCGAUUAAUAUUGGCGCCAUCGUCGGUAACGGCUAUGUGACGCGAGAGCUUAACAUGGGUCAACAGUCAUACCUUUACCGAGUUGGCCAUACAUGGAUGUCCGAGCAAGACUUCCACGAGGUGUUUGCUGAAGGCGUCCUGUCCUGCUUUGAGCGUGUAGGAAGCGCUGAGUUAUGCUGCGGACUCAGAAUUGACGAUGAUGAAUCAAAGAGUUGGAUUUCUAACCCAAUGUUCCAACAUCUAGUCCACAAGUCUAGCAAUCUUGUGGUCGCUGACAAGAAAGGGAAAUCCGGUCUGUUGAUAAAGACGCGCUUGUUCGAGGCAACUUCGAAUGAGGAAGUCAUCGAGAUCUUGCAAGAUGGGUUUGUGUUGAAACUCCAGUCAGCUCUACAGGCUGACCCAAGCAAGCCUAUGUUGGAUAUGAGUCCAGAUGAGCUUGGUGUGGAUUCACUGGUCGCUGUUGACCUUCGAUCGUGGUUCCUCAAGGAGUUGGGGGUCGACAUGCCAGUGCUGAAGAUCUUCAACGCGGCGUCGAUUCGCGAGCUUUUAGCCACUGCUGCAGAAACUCUGCCAGAAGCUUUGAUUCCCAAUUUGAUCCCCGGCGAACAGGUUGCUAAACCAUCGCAACCCAAUCCUUCGGUGGCUGCAACACCUCCCCCGGCAGAUUUGCACGUGGAUAUAACAGUCUCAGAAACCAGUCCCAGCUCCGUGGAAUUGAAAUUUGCACUUCCGGACGCGACAAACGUUUACAGUAGCAGCUCUGCAACGUCUUUAAUCACUGGAGAUUCGAAUUCCGAAAAUAACGAUGAUACUUCUUCAUCUCUUUUUACUGAUGACAGCGAAAUGGGUUCCCCAAAGCGUGAAAUCCAAAGAACGGUGCCAAUGUCCUACGGGCAGUCGCGCUUCUGGUUUCUAGAACAUCUGGUCGAGAACAAGACGGCAUUCAAUAUUACACCGACAUUCGAGUUGUCUGGUCGGCUAAAAAUCGAGGGAUUUGCGAAUGCUAUACACACCGCGGCACAACAUCACGAAGCCUUGCGUACUUUCUUCUUCACAGAUAAUGAGCAAAACCAUAUGCAAGGUAUUUGGACGAAAUCUUCCUUGCAGUUGGAGCACACUGCAAUCUCGGAUGAGACAGAAGUUGAAGAGGUCUCGAAGCAUAUGAAGGCACACAUGUUUGACCUUUCUGAUGGCGAGGUCAUGCGCGUUCGGCUGCUUUCGCUCAACCCAGAAAAGCACUGGAUAAUAUUCGGCUUCCAUCACAUCAACAUGGAUGGUAUUAGCUUCGAAGUGUUUUGGUCAGACGUGGAAAAGGCAUAUCAAGGCCACUCCCUUUCCGAAGAUGGGCUUCAAUAUCCGGAUUUCACUAUGCGGCAGCUUCGUGAAUAUGAAGAGGGCGCCUGGGCUGGGGACCUUGCUUACUGGCGAGCACAAUAUACAGAAAUCUCCCCUCCAAUUCCCCUUCUUCCAUUCGCCAUACAACCUAUGCGCCCCAAUGUUGCUCAAUUUGGGUCUCAUGUUACUGAGAUUCGCCUCGAUGCCAAUCUGUCGGAUGCAAUUGAGCGGUGUUGCCGGAUGUUCAAAUCCACACCCUUCCACUUCCAUUUGGCAGUCUGGAAGACCCUCCUUCUGCGGUUCUUUGAUAUGAAGGAUGUUUGCAUCGGCCUCGGAGAUGGGAAUCGUACGGAUGCUGACAUUCUGCGGAGCAUUGGACUUUUCUUGAACCUCCUUCCUGUGAAGUUCUCUCAACAGCCAGGUCAAUCCUUUGGAGAAUCUCUCAAAGAGGUGCGGAACAUCACGCAGGGCGCAUUUUCCCACUCGCGUGUGCCAUUCGAUGUGAUCUUGACAGAACUCAACGUUCCAAGAUCCGUAUCACACAAUCCUCUGUGCCAAAUAAUCUUCAACUAUCGACCCAAGGUCGAGCAAUCACGAAGCUUCUGUGGUUGCAUAGCCGAUGGUGCGCUUUUGGGUGGCGGCGAAACCUCUUUCGAUCUUGGUCUGGAUGUUGGCAACGUCGGUGCCGGCGAGACGCUAAUUCAUCUAACGGUUCAGAAGAGCUUGUAUGGAAUGGAGCAUGCUGAAAUCAUGCUUAGCUCCUAUGUCAAUCUUCUCCAGUCUUUCGUUCAAAACCCAGCGACUCGGGUGACCUGGCCGGAAUUAUAUUCCAAUGAUGACCUCCAAGAAGCAGUGGCUGCAGGCCGAGGACCGGAGCUGCGCGAGGAAUGGCCUAUGACUAUAGUCCACCGGCUGGAUGAGAUUGCGUUGCGCUAUCCGGACCGCGUCGCAUUGAAGAACCAUGAUGGGAGCUCCUUGACUUAUGCCGAAGUCCAGCGUCGGAUCGAUGUUAUCGCCAACGAGCUAUUGCAGAAUGGGGUUGGCACAGGCACUCGUGUUGGAGUUUUCCAGUCCCCGAGUGUGGACUGGAUAUGUUCUCUCAUGGCCAUCUUGCGUGUCGGUGGUGCUUACAUUCCGUUGGACAAAAAGGUGGGGAUGGAGAGACUCGCGAUGAUCAUGAACGAAACACAAGCACCGAUAGUAUUGGUUGACAUGAACUCGAUGUCUGACUAUGCACUUUUGCACACCACGGCGAAACCCGUCGACGUGUGCAGCCUAAAGAGCCCCACUGCGCGCGCCGUCCAAAACAUGGCUGUCCCAAGCCAGACAGCGGUAAUCAUGUAUACCAGCGGAUCAACUGGUGUUCCGAAGGGGAUUAUGAUUGCCCAUUCAGCAUAUAUUCACCAUGUUCAGUCAUCCAGUGGCGUCUGGAAAUUGAAGCAAGGAAACGAGAUCAUUCUACAUCAAUCAUCCUAUGCGUGGGAUGCGUCUCUGUCUCAAAUCAUGACCUCUCUCUGCUCUGGUGCGACCCUUGUGAUUGCAGCUGAACUCACACGAGGUGAUCCCGUUGCGCUGACACGACUCAUCGCAUCGGAGAAUGUGACAUGCACUAUUGCGACGCCCACGGAAUAUCUCACCUGGGUGCGUCAUGGUCGCUCCCACCUGAGUAACUCUCGUUGGUCAACCGCAGUAUGCGGUGGUGAAUUUGUGUCAAGUGGCCUGAUGAAAGAGAUUAAUUCUCUUCGUCGGCCUGGAUUUAGACUCAUAAAUGGUUAUGGGCCGGCGGAGAUUAGUAUUGCAUGCUCGAGCAGUGAAGUUCCCUACAACCUGCCAGAUUCCACAUCAAAAUCCCUUACACAUGCUCUUUAUACUCUACCGAAUUAUUCGGUUUACAUUGUCGAUGAAACAAUGAACCCUGUUCCCAUCGGAGUGCCUGGUGAAGUAGUUGUUGGUGGUGCAGGAGUUGCCCAGGGAUAUCUUGACAGUACCAAAACAACUGCACACUUUUCAAAUGAUCGACACGCGAGCAAAUUUUUCCAGGACAAGAACUGGACAACAGUCCACCGCACUGGAGACCGCGGAAAACUCAAUCGCGAUGGGGGUCUUAUUCUCCUCGGGCGCAUGGAUGGGGAUAACCAAAUCAAAUUGAGGGGAAUGCGCAUCAAUAUUGAAGAAAUUGAGACAGCGAUUAUCAGUUCUUCAGCUGGGGCUAUCACACAAGCUGUUGUAUCCGUUCGUUCAGAUGCAACUCAAUCUGGGGAUCAAUUUCUUGUUGCCUUUGUCAUAAUGGCUACCACAUACGAUGCCGACAAUGCGGUUCAAUUCCUCAGGCGCCUUUCCCAAGAGCUGCCAUUACCGCAUCACAUGCGACCUUCUGCUAUCAUUCCAGUUGAAAGCAUUCCUCAAAAUACCUCUGGCAAGACUGAUCGCGUCGCAGUCAGCACACUUCCCAUUCCGUUGAUUUCAUCCCAGUUAUCGGACGACAACACUCUCACAGAAUUCGAGCAGUCAUUGCGUCAGCUCUGGCAACAGUCGCUACCACGGGAACUUACUAUCUUUCACUCAAUUGAUUCCCAGUCCGACUUUUUCCACGUUGGUGGAAGUUCCCUUGCACUUGUCAACCUACAAGCUCUAAUCAAGGAGCACCUUGGUGUGUCUAUGGAAUUGUAUCAACUUUUCGAAGCCAGCAGUCUACGUGAAAUGGCGGCUAGAAUUCAAGACAUAUCUCGCCCUGCAAUUGAAAGAGAUGUGAAUUGGGAUACAGAGGUUGAAGUCACAUCCGACCUCGCUUCAUCUCUGAAUCAUGGUGGUACUCAUAUUAUCGCCUCGGGGCUUAAAACUGUGGUGCUUACCGGAGCAACAGGUUUCCUUGGCAAAGAAAUACUCCGAGGACUCCUAGAAGAUGAAAAGGUCUCGUUCAUUCAUUGUCUUGCGGUCAGAAAACGAUCUGAGGAUUUACCUGAAUUAUUCACCCAUCGCAAAGUUCAUUUGCAUCAUGGUGAUCUGGGGGCUCCUCAACUAGGACUCUCGGAAUCUGAGGCCGAAUCAAUAUUUUCCUGUGCCGAUAUUGUUAUUCACAAUGGCGCAGAUGUGUCGUUCAUGAAAACAUAUCAGACCCUCAAGCUAAUCAAUGUGGCAUCGACAAAGGAACUCGUGAGACUCGCAUUGCCCCGUCGUAUUCCAUUCCAUUUUGUCUCGACGGCUGGUGUUGCACGACUUGCCGCCCAGGAAAGCUUCGAGGAGAUAUCUGUAUCGCCAUAUCCUCCUCCGUCUCGACCAACAGACGGUUACAUCGCUGCCAAGUGGGUGAGCGAAGUCUAUCUAGAGCGAAUCAACCGCCAGUUUGGUCUUCCCAUAUGGAUACACCGCCCAUCGAGCAUCACCGGUACCGAUGCACCGGAACUUGAUCUCAUGGGUAAUGUCAUGCGGUUUACCAAAGAAACCCAGAAAGUGCCAGAUUCAAGCUUAUGGACGGGGGUCUUCGAUCUUAUCUCUGUACAGUCGGCUGCUAGCCAACUCCUCGAGGCCGUUUACCAAUCCGGCGUCACUGAACUAGCUACAAAGUCUGUGAAUUAUCUUUAUGAGGCUGGGGAGAUGACCAUUGGGCGUGAUGAGAUUAUGCCAUUGAUGGAACUGGGCUCAGGCGAACAAUUUGAGAUUGUUUCCCUCGACGAGUGGGUGAAUGCUGCCGAACAAGCAGGAAUGAGUGUGUUGCUGGGAGAGUACUUGCGCAGGGCCUCCGAUGGACAGGUCCUCCUCCCCAAAUUGAUCAAAACUACUGGGGUUUCCGAGGAUGAGUGA